GUCUACCCACGCAUCACAUCCAACUUCCAAACUACCCAUACGAUACGAAUUUUAUUUUUUCUUCCCUACCUCUCUAAGAAACAACGCGGAGAAGAUGAAUGAUUCCCCAGAAUAUUCAAUCCGGAUGAUGCUGUCAAAAAUUGAAUCUGGUAAAAAUCAUGGUAGAGAUUCAAAUGGUGGUGAGUUAUUGCAUGAUAUCAAGGCUUUAAGCAAAGCCCUUUACAUGGACCAAACCCCUUCAAAAGCUUUGAUUUCCUCAUCCCAAGCUCGAUCCCAAUCUGUAGGAAAAACCCGUUUAUCAGAAUCGAAGUCCAAGAUCUUUGAGGAAGACUUCCUGCAGAAGGAUAAGAAAUCAUCAACAUGGAACUGGAAAAAGAGUAUAAAAGCUUUGACUCAUAUCCGGGAUCGUAAAUUCAAUUGUUGUUUCUUUCUCCAUGUACAUUCAAUUGAAGGACUGCCCUCAAAUUUCAAUGAUUAUAGUUUAUGUGUUCAUUGGAAACGAAAGGAUGAGGUGUUGCACACUUGCCCAUCUCAUAUUUGUCAGGGAGUGGCUGAAUUUGAAGAGACUUUGAUGCAUCGAUGUUCUGUUUAUGGUCAUCGAAGUGGAACUCACAAUUCGGCGAAGUAUGAGGCUAGGCAUUUCUUGCUGUAUGCAUCUGUUGUUGGGAAACCAGGGCUUGAUAUGGGGAAGCACUGGGUUGAUCUUACAAAGUUGCUUCCGGUUACUCUGGAUGAGUUAGAGGAGGACAAAAGUUCAGGGAAGUGGUCAACAAGCUAUAAGCUCUCAGGCAUGGCUAAAGGGGCGACUUUAAAUGUUAGUUAUGGUUUUUUGAUAAUGAAGGAUAAUUCGAUUGAGAGUAAUAAUGUGAUCUUUCCUGAGCUUUUAAAUUUAAAUCAGAAUAGGACAAGCACAGGCAAUGACAUGCUUCAGCAGGUUGGGAGCAUCCCUAGCCAUGGGUCUUGUUGCCCUUCUCUAUCACUGGAUGUCAAAAUCCUUAACGAAGGUUUUCCAAAUCCUGGGCUUGAGCUUUCUCGGUCUAUAAGUUUUAUAUAUAAGAAACUUGAUGAAGGGAAGUUGGGUAAUUCAUUAGGGUCUGAUAUUUUCUCUGAAGAUGUGGAGUCUUUCAAACCAAAGCCCAAUUUGUUCUUUGAGUCUGCUGAAGAAAUUAUUGGAAGUGAUUGUGAUGAUGCAGAGUUUGAUGUCACUGAGAAGGGGAUAGAAUUUUCCACAAAGGAACCGUUGAAACUGGAAGAUGGUGCUGCUCAACCUUAUGAUGGCUCUAAAGUGGAAACUGUUCAUGUGGAUGAGAUUAUUAAGGAUGAGGAGACAGACUGUGAUUUGAAGAAUGAUUUCUAUGGUAAGUGUAAAGACGGGGAUGUAAUGGAUGAUGACAACUUCAAAGAGAAUAGUGCAUACACCAAAGAUUCAUCAAUGGAAGAACUUGAGUACUUUCUUGACAGCCUGUCAAUUUCAGAUUCAGCAGAGUUGCAUUCUCCGCUGGCUAUGAGUGACUUUCUUGAGCAAGAAAACUACUUGGAGGUUAAGUCGAAGUUCAAAGCAAGUAAGGCAGUAAAAAAAUCUCUUAGCUUGGAUGAUGUGACAGAAUCUGUGGCAAGUGAAUUCUUAAAAAUGCUGGGAAUAGAGGAUAGCUCAUUUGGUCUGAGUGCUGAUAGUGACCUUGAGUCUCCAAGAGAGUGUCUUUUGAGACAGUUUGAAAAAGAUAACCUAGCUUCUGGAAACUUCAUUUUUGACUCUGAAGAAACAGAAGUACAGACUCAGUUUGGCUGUGAUGCUCCAACUGGGUCUGACUCUGGGAAUUUUGGGACUCCAACUGGUUCUGAGUUUGGGAACUUUUGCAAAGAUUUACAUUUUAUUUCGGUUAUUCAAGCUGCUGAAGAGGAACACAAGACAAUGGGUCAGCCGCUGGUAAGUAGAAGGAAAGCAAAAAUGCUUGAAGACUUGGAGACUGUGGCUCUAAUGCAAGAAUGGGGCUUGAGUGAGAAGGUCUUUCAGAAUUCUCCUCGCUAUAGCUCUGGUGGAUUUGGAAGUCCAAUCUAUCUCCCCCCUGAAGAGCCUGUCAGAUUACCUCCGCUCGGCGAAGGCUUGGGGCCAUUCAUUCAGACGAAGGAUGGAGGCUUUCUGCGUUCUAUGCACCCCUCAGUUUUCCGAAAUGUGAAGAAUGGUGGGAGCUUGAUUAUGCAAGCUUCUGUUCCAGUUGUGUUACCUGCAGAAAUGGGUGCUGAUAUUAUGGAAAUAUUACAGCAUUUGGCAUCAAUUGGAAUUGAAAAAUUCUCAAUGCAGGCCAGUAAGUUAAUGCCUUUGGAGGAUAUCACUGGGAAGACAAUGCAUCAAAUAGCAUGUGAGGCUGCAUUUGCAUUGGAGGUGCCUGAGAGGCAUACUUCAUUUGUGCAUGAAUCAGAGGUUGGGCAAGAUACAUUUGGUUUGGGAAAUACUGCUGAAGAAUUUUCAUCUUGGCAGAAUAAUGAUAACCUGAACUCAAGUUCAGUAGGAGGUGAGAUGGUCUCAGACUAUGUAUCACUGGAAGAUCUUGCACCUUCGGCAAUGGAUAAGAUUGAAGUUCUCUCAAUUGAAGGAUUAAGAAUUCAUUCUGGGAUGUCAGAUGAGGAGGCACCUUCAUGCAUCAGUUCCAAGUAUGUUGAGGAAAUCUCUGACUUUGACGGGAAGAAGACUGUCAACUUGAUUAGGACUCUUGAUUUUGAAGGAGCUGUAGGAUUGCAUCUAUUGAAUGCCAGUGAUAUUGGCAGUGAUGACAAUGGACUAAUGAGCCUGUCUAUAACAUUGGAUGAGUGGUUGAGGCUGGAUUCUGGAAUCAUCUGUGAUGAGGAUCAAAUUAGCGAGCAUACUUCAAAGAUCCUUGCGGCCCAUCAUGCUAAGUGCAUGGAUCUGGUAAAUGGAAGGUUGAAAAGAGACAGAAAAUGGGGCAAAGCCUCUGGUAGGAAGUGGGGUAUGUUGCAGAACAACUUUACAGUUGCUCUCAUGGUGCAGCUUAGAGAUCCCUUUAGAAACUAUGAACCAGUAGGUGCCCCAGUGCUUGCUCUAAUCCAAGUGGAGAGAGUAUUUUUCCCUCCAAAACCCAAAAUAUAUAACAUGGAGUCAGAACCCAGCAACAGUGGGGAAGUGGUGGAUCAGCACGAGUCAGUGGUAAAGGGGGAGGUGGAUGGUGAGAUAAAAGAGAAGGAAGAAGACGAAGAACUCAUUUCUCAGUUCAAAAUCACUCAGGUCCAUGUUGCAGGUGUAAAUACUGAGCCUGGUAGGAAAAAGCUUUGGUGUUCUGCAUCACAGCAUCAAUCUGGAUUCCGUUGGUUGCUUGCUAAUGGAAUAGAUAAGACUAAUAAGCAUGUGCUUUCAAAGUCCAAGGUUAUAGUAAAAGCUUCCUCCCAAGUGAGAGCACAGGUGUGGCCUGGUGAAAUCUUGUGGAGCAUCUCCUGUCGUUUUAAUGGCACGAGAGCUAAAUGGAAGGAGUUGGCAGCACUGAAUCUACAUAUACGAAACCCUGAUGUUAUCUUUCCCAGUGAAACUGUCAGAUUGUGAAUGUAGCAUGCUAUUUUUCGCCAAUCAAAUUGGAGUUAAUACUACAUUGUAAUGCUUAUUGUUUAGCUAAGAAAAAUGAAACGGUGAUUUGAGGGUAUGGGAUUCUACACAACAAAGUUAUAUCGAAUGUCUGACAUAGCAAGAUCGUAUAGCCUGCUUGGAGAUUGGUUUCGUUGAUGGAAUAAAAUCAGGUUGGUUCUUUGGACUAGAUGAUAGUAAUGAGAUCUGUCUAUGGAGCUUAUAUUUGUAUCUACAUUCAGAUGUAGUCAAUCACUAUGCAAUGAUUAAUUCGAAGAAUUCCAUCUGACAAAGAAUGCAGAGGCGGGGGUUGUUGGACAGUAGGAAAAUGAGUUUUGGUUUGUUCAACCACAAGCAUCAGUUAUUAGGCAGAGCUUCUUUGCAGAAUGGUAGGUGUUCUAAUUCCAUGGAGUAACUCUCUGGAGGAUACGGCUGAUGUGAAUUAACUAUGCUGUAAAAAGAAUCUGAGUUGAAGACAUGUUUCAAGUUCUUUGUUGGUCCAUUACCAUUCCAAAGGAGCCUUGCCCAGAUAAAUAUCCGUCAAUGUUAUUUGCGAGCUUUUAAUGAUUUGUACUCCAUCCAGUUGAGUUUAUCUGGUUCAUAUUCAUAUUGAUCAACAUGUCAAAGGAAGCCUGAAGAAAGAAAAAGGCCCUGUACUUGUUUUUUUGGUAAAUGGUAGGCAUAGCCCUGCCAUGAAUGUGAAACUGAGGUGGUCUUUCAUGUUGGCUGCUGCUGCUUCCAGGUUUGUCAACUUCAUUUCCGGGGUGAAAUGGAUUCUGGGCAAACUCGGAUGCCAGGAAUGCUGAAUGAUCUUCCUCCAUGAGAUCAUCAAACAACAAGUACUCAGAAAGCUCAAAAUUUGAAGUGUCACCAAGCUCAAAAUCACUCUCGGCCUCCGGUGAGUCCUGUGACCCAGCAGUUGUGUCAGCCAUUUCAGCCUUCAGAAGAUAAGUCUCUUACUGCUCUGAUUAUCCAAAUGUGUAUGGCAUACAUAUAUCAUCACCUCCAUAGCUCAUGCCUGGAGCUUUCCCGGAUGCCUCCCUGCAGCCAUGGAGGAAGCUUCAGAGGUGGUGCUAUAUAGUGGGGGGCUGAGAAUUGAUGGACAUCCAGGACGAGACAACAUCAGCUGAUGAAGUUAUAGAGAAGGGAGGAAGGGGAGAGUGGGACAUGGCACAGACGACUUAAGCGUAGACUAGUCACUAGUGUCGAUUUUGCUUUGGUCUCGCGCUUGGACCAACCGACCCCUUGAAGACGGCAAAGAAUACAAGUCAAUAAAAUUAUAUCUCGGGGUUUGGUUGAUGGAAAAUUCUUAAGGUACGGAAAAUACUGAAUUUAAAAUUUGGAUCUUUAAAUGGGAUGACUGAAUUUAAAGCAUUGGAAUACAUAAAUAAUUGAAACUCGUGUACAAAAAAAUCAAUCUUAUUUCUAUUUAUUAAUGUGUUUGGGUUA